UUUGUCUUUGAUUGAUUGUCGGUCUGAUGUUAAAACAUAUUUUGGGGACUGAAACGCGUUGAAAGAUGAUUGGUCGUCCGUUUAACUUCAGGCUGAAGGUUUUAAUGACAGAAUCGAAUUAAAAUCAAUCAAAUCAAUUAGACUACAGUCUGAAACUUGUUUGUUCCUGGUUUUUUUUUUUUGGCCACCCCGUCACACACUGCAACCUGCAGCGCCACCUGCUGUCAGUCUCCAGGAUGUGUUGGAGCUGAAGAUGGAGGACUGUUUGAUCCAUGAAGAUUCAUGUAAUCUGGUUUCUGUGCUUCGCCAUGAAGGACUGUCCACCAUCACACUCACCAGACUCGACCAACUGGUUACUAAGGAUCUGUGUGGUUCUGGUUUCAGCAAAGUCCUAGUUGUGUUGAAGUCUUUAGAGACCCUGUCAGACAGCAGAGAUGACCUGGAGACCCUCAUCGACCUCGGACUGACUGCUAAAGUGUUGUUGUGGUUUGAAGCUGUUCAUGACCUGCUGACGUCUGACCUCCAGAAGAACUCUGCCCCCUUGCUAAGCCUCACUGAGGCAUUCUAUGACUACUUCCUGUUGCUGGGUCAAGCUUCUCUCCCAGUCAGUCAGCUGUCUGUGGUUCUUCUUCAGUUGGCUCGGUUUGCAAUGGAAUCACAAAUCCACUUUCCACUGAGGCUGGAGGCCAUCCGGACGUUUAACAGCAUCCUGGAGUCUCUGAGCAGAGAACAGAGGAGACUGAUCCAGAAUGACCAAAACCAGACCCAAAUACUAGCCCAGAUGGCAGCAGCCCUUCUGACAGUUGGAGACUACGAGCUGCAGGUCAGCCUGUCAGAGGCUCUGUGUCGUCUGACUCCCAGGAAGGACCGAGAGCAGAGAGCCAAUCAGUGGUUCUGCAGAAGUGACAUCAUCAGUGCCUUCUGCAACAUCAGAGACAUCGACUUUGAAGUGGACUGUCGCCAUUUCCUGAACUUUGUCAACCGUUGCCUAGGAGACCAGCGGAGGGUCUACACCUUCCCCUGCCUGCGAGCGUUUCUGGACUCCAUGGAGCUGUUUCCUCCAAAAGACGACAAACUGGAAAAGUUUUGGAUCGAUUUCAACCUGAGCUCAGGCUGUGUGAGCUUCUUCAUCGAUGACCCUCAGGGUUUCCUGUGGGGAUCCGUCCACCUGUUGAAAGAGGAAGUGGAUCAUUACAGUCUUCAGGUGCAACAGGAUGGAUGCACUGCGGCACAGACGGUCCUGAGUGUUCGGCUGAACAAUCCCAUCAUGCACCACAACAGCCGAGGUCAGACAGUGGAGCUGAAAUUUCACUCUGAACACCACCAAGACCUGGAGGAGGCUGCUGGGAGAGUCUUCACGAAGGCAAAGAGCGCCCCCUGUGUGAGACAAGCAGAUGGUACAGUCCAGGUGUCCCCCUCUGCUGCCAAACAUGGUGGUAGAGCCUACAGCAGGAAGAAACCACAGAACAAGAGUCAUCUGAAGAUUUUGCCUCUGUCGUCUCCGAGCAGUGAGGAAGACUCCUCUGUGCUGAAGGCUGCAGGGAGAAGUACAGCAGAGUUUCUGUUCGAUCAGAUCAGAAACUCGACUCCUGUGUACGACUCAGGUGUUCCUGUGGAGGAGGAGCUGGACAUCUCCCAGGUACAGGCUGAGGAAGUUGGAGGGAGCAGUUCUCUGUUGAGCAAGCACGUCUCCAGUUCUGACAGGAAACGAGCAGCUCCAGACUCAGGCUACCUGUCAGACCAAACUGAGGGUAGCUCAGCCCUCAAGAGGAGGGCGAAGCCUCAGCCACUGAGGGAGGAUCCAAAUUCACCACUGACAGAGGGGUCAACCAAGGGGGCGGAGUCACCAGAGGAGGAGGUGGGGCUAAGUGGAGGAAUUGAAGAUUCAGGUGUGAAGAUGAAGGGGGCUCUUAUGGAGUCGGGGGUGGAGUCAGACCUGACAUCAGGCAUCGCAGCUGCAUUCAGCACCUUCAAAACACACCUGGAACAACAUUUCACUAACUGCUGGCACAACGUUGAAGGUGAAGUUCUUCUGUCUUUAAAAGAGUGUCAACAACACGUCUCCUCGCUGCUGACAGCUGUCCAUCAACACAGGCUUGUGUUGCUGCAGAGGUUUCACUGCAGCGUCUCUGACCAUCUGAACCAACUACAAGAAAACUCGACCAACCUCAACUCUGUAAACACUCAGAUUCUGAGUUUUUUCCAAUCUGAGAUGCAGCGACUGGGCUCCUUCUGUGACGAGCACCUACAGAGAUUGAUUUCUUCAGAAACAGAGCAGCCACCCAGUCAGUAAAGAAAAUAAAGAGAUCAGAGGAGAAGGAUAAAAGUGGAGCCCAUUUGAUCAGGAAGAAGAUGGAAAAUACUGAUCACAUUCAGAAGAAAAAUGAGAAUUAAAAACAACAGAAUAUUAACAUCCUCUUCACCAAACUUCAUUCAUAUUUUUCUCAUUGUUUCCACUUCAGUUGGAGGAUCCAUUUCUUUGAAGGCAUAAAAAGCAAAUAAAGAAUAAAUAAAGACUUA